AUGGAUACCUCGGGUAUUUAUGAUGGUGGGCGCUUCCAACUGCCGUCACGGGAGGAGUAUGACUAUAACCCUCCCUCCUGCCGCUACAGCUGUGACACCGAGCAGGUACGGAACCCCAUACCCGCUUGUGCCUCUGUCGAACACCAUAGUAAGGGGACUUUACUGCCCUACGAUCUACCUCCCUGUCAGUACUCGCGCCCUGUUCAGACACAGACCCAGGACCAGGAAUACCUGACAGGCCAGGGUCGUGUACAGGACAACUACCAUCCAGGAGACAGCCCAGUAGUGGACGGAGAGUCCCCGGGACACUUUCCAUUCUCCUGGAUGAGGAACUCCAGAGUUCACUCGUAUCAAUCACUCCCAGGUGAGCAGGCUACUUUAUUAUUAGAAUAUUUUUUUAUCAUCAUAAUUGUGAAAUUGUUCUCUGUUGAUUUUUAUUAGGCCUACAGUUAUGCUUUGAAGCGAUUUUGUGUCUUACAGGUGAAAUUAAAUGGGAGAUGAGGGAGCAGAGCAAAGGUUUCACAAAUAAAAUAAAUAGGGUUAUACUAUAAGAGUAAAAAUGCAUACAAAUCGAGAUAAAUUAACUGAAAAAAAAUAACGACAUACUUUGUAACCUUUUUAAGGUGGUUAUUCCGAGAACCCAGACCAACACAAGCGGAGCCGCACCGCGUACAGCCGGGCUCAGUUAUUGGAGCUGGAGAAGGAGUUCCUCUUUAACAAGUAUAUCUCCAGGCCUCGCAGAUAUGAACUGGCCACCACACUCAACCUGACGGAGAGACAUAUUAAAACCUGGUUCCAGAACCGGCGGAUGAAGUGGAAAAAAGAAGAAACGGAAAACAAAACUCUGACCACCACGAACCGGAGUCUUCCAAUAACAAUUGCUAAAACGUUUGGAGCAGCAUGUGACCCUGGGUUUGAAAACCAUGCCGGAUAA